GCAUUGGAUGGCUUCUUCUUUGUUGUGAACCGUGAAGGGAGGAUCGUCUUCGUGUCUGAGAACGUGACCAGCUACUUGGGUUACAACCAGGAGGAGCUGAUGAACACCAGUGUCUACAGCAUCCUGCACGUGGGGGACCACGCUGAGUUUGUCAAGAAUUUGUUGCCAAAGUCUCUAGUAAAUGGAGUUCCUUGGCCUCAAGAAGCCACCAGGCGUAACAGCCAUACCUUCAGCUGCAGGAUGCUGAUCCGGCCACCCGACGAGCCAGGCACGGAGAACCAGGAGGCUCGUCAGCGCUACGAGGUGAUGCAGUGCUUCACCGUCUCCCAGCCCAAGUCCUUCAAGGAGGAAGGAGAAGAUUUCCAGUCGUGUCUGAUAUGCAUCGCGAGACGAUUACCUCGACCAGCAGCUGUCACCCCUUCUGAAUCCUUUGUGACCAAGCAAGACACCACAGGUAAAAUCAUCUCCAUUGACACCAGUUCCCUGAGAGCUGCUGGCAGGACGGGUUGGGAGGACUUGGUGAGGAAAUGCAUCUACGCUUUCUUCCAGCCUCAGGGCAGGGAACCAUCCUACGCCAAACAGCUCUUUCAAGAAGUGAUGACACGUGGCACAGCCUUCAGCCCUUCCUAUCGAUUCACCCUGAGCGACGGGACGGUGCUUAGUGCCCACACCAAGUGUAAACUCUGCUACCCCUCCAGCCCGGAGAUGCAGCCCUUCAUCAUGGGCAUCCACGUCAUCGACAGGGAUCACGGCAUGCUUUCACCCCAGGAGAACACUAACUCCACCAUGUCCCUUCCCCGGGUCAGCCCCUCGCUGAACCCCAACAUCUCCCCGGGUCAAGGCAUGGCCAUCCCACCCUCCAUCCCUCCCUCCAACGGCAGCAUGUUGGCCACCAACGUGAACCAGCAACCAGGCGCCGGCCUCCACAACAGCAACUCCAGCACCAGCCAAACCAGCUUUGGAUGUUCACCUGGAAACCAGAUAGGAGCCAACGUUGCCUUAAGCCAGGGACAAGCUGGUCCCCAGAACAGUAACCACACUUUGAACCUCAAUAGCUCCCCCAUGAAUAGUCCAGGGAUUACCCCACCACAGUUCAUGUCUCCAAGGCAUCGAGUCAGCCCAGGGCUUGUGCCCAGACCCAGAGUGCCCAGCAAUCCCUUCUCACCCACCAUGCCCACCAUGCACUCCCCCGUGGGCAUGGCCAACAGUGGGAGUGGGAGUGGUGGUGGCACCGGUGGCACCAGAUCAUUUCCCAAUGCACCCAUAAACUCAAUGCAGGGGCUGAGUGAAGGUCCCAACACACCAGUGGGUUACUCCACACCAUCUCCUGUGGUGAGACAACUCAACUCCCAGAGCUCACCCGGCCGCCUCGCCAUGCAACCCAUGAAAGCAGAGUCCAAGGACAGCAAGGAGAUCGCCUCCAUCCUGAGCGAGAUGAUCCAGUCGGAUGGUGGUUCAGGUGACCCCAAACCUCUGGACUCAGGCAUGCUGCAGCACGCCAGCGACCGCCUCUCAGAAGGGGACAACAAGUGUUCCCAAGCCACCAGCCACAAGCUGGUCCAGCUCUUGGCCACCACGGCUGAGCAGCAGCUUCGACACGCCGACGCGGACACGAGCUGCAAAGAUUCGUUAGUCUGCGCGGGCACCGCUGGCACCUUGACCUCUGGCAACCCUCCCAGCAGCUCCUGCCCUUCCUCCCACAGCUCGUUGACCGAGAGGCACAAGAUUUUACAUCGACUCCUUCAGGAGGGAAGCCCUUCUGAUAUUACCACCUUGGCCAUGGAGCAUGAGAAGAAGGAGAACACCUCAAACCCUACCACCACCCCCACGGCUCAGAGUCAGCUACCAGGAACUCCAGAUAUCAAACUGGAGCCAGAUGCCUUGAAGAAAAAAGAUGUCAAGGAUCACCAGCUCCUACGUUAUCUGCUGGACAAGGAUGAGAAGGAACUUGCUGCAGCCCCGGCACUGAGCUUGGAUGAUGUGAAGGUGAAGGUGGAGAAGACGGAGCAGAUGGAGCCCUGUAACACGGCCCCGGUGCCGCUCACCAAACCUCCUGCCACGGAGGAGGUCAAGCUGGAGACACAAGGCCAGGUGAGUUGA